CAGCUCCCAGUUGUGCCACGAAGUGUAUAGCAUCGCGCUAUCAUCCGAUGAUGUUUUCGAGAGUUCGUGCGUUCCAGCCAAAUGAGCAAAGAACGGAGCCUGACGGGGACCUGAUUUGCCUUGCGCGAUCCCUGCAUAUGUUCUUUCCACCAUCGUCACCUAUUCGCUGUUCUGCGCUUUCCCCUGCGGCUAAUGCACGCACCUGCCUAUCAUCGUGGAUGAGACGUCACUGAUCAAUAAAUAUAUCUUUUCUUCAUUCCACUUCAAUUUGUCUUCCCGCGCUAUUCCCAACAACCUCCUACACCUUUUGAUCGGCCUCUGCCCUUCAGUCUCUCACAUCGCCCUGUUCCUCCUUUUACUAUACAGCAACGAUGCGUGUUUCUUCCUCUGUUCUUGCUGCAGCAAGCCUCUUGGCCACAGCCAACGCUGCCAUCAAAGGCUUCAAUUACGGCGCUCAGUUCAAUAACGAUCAAGCGAAGACGCGAGUCGACUUUGAAUAUGAAUUCAACGCCGCAAAGCAACUUCCAGGAACAAAUGGAUGGACCAGCGCACGCCUAUACACCAUGAUUCAGCAUGGCUCCCAGAACACCGUAAUCGAGGCAAUCCAGGCUGCGAUCAACACCAACACUACGCUCUUGCUCGGAAUGUGGGCUUCAGCCGGCCAGCAGGUGAUCAAUAAUGAGAUUACCGCUCUCAAAGCUGCUAUUUCGCAGUAUGGCACUGCCUUCACAAACUUGGUCGUUGGUAUUUCCGUCGGCAGCGAGGAUCUGUACCGCAUUACCCCAACUGGUAUCGAAAAUCAUUCGGGCGCUGGUGCUCAGCCCAAUGAGUUGGUCAACUACGUCCAGCAGACCCGUGCUGCCAUUCGUGGCACUCCUCUUGAGGGCAAGCCUAUCGGCCAUGUUGAUACCUGGACGGUGUACGUGAAUGCCUCAAACAACGCUGUCAUCUCCGCUCUCGACUUCAUCGGUAUGGAUGCCUACCCGUACUUCCAGUCCACCAUGGCAAAUAGCAUUGGUAGCGGUAGCCAGCUGUUCUUCGAUGCCUAUCACGCCACUGUCGGUGCCGCUCAGGGGAAGCCUGUCUGGGUGACUGAGACCGGCUGGCCGGUAUCUGGCAAAACUCUAAACCAGGCCGAGCCCAAUGCGGGUAAUGCUCGCAUCUACUGGGAGGAUGUCACCUGCCAACUGGUCAAGGACAAUGUCAACCUCUAUUACUUUACCCUACAAGACGUACAGUACGGUAACCCGGUUCCAUCAUUCGGUAUCAAGCCUGCGGGUGAUCUUCUGCAGGUGCAGCCAUUGUUCGACUUGUCCUGCCCUGCCAGCGCCAAGCCGUCUUCGUCGGUGUCUAUUACGGCGACCAGCAGAAGUACUGGGUUGCUGACAGGAACUGGGUCGUCUACGCAACUAACUCCCACGAUUUCGACAACCACGCCCAGAACCACCACCGUUCCUGUGAUAACCAUGCCAGCUAUCCCUCGCGGUCUUCCAGAACCUUUCGAAGAGCCGCAUUUGAUUGUCCCCGUCGACAAGGCCGAUCCGUCCAAGGUUGUGGGCGACGGCUACACCGCGCUACUAUCUCCUACGGUAUCGACCAUCUUCUUCUAUGAUGUCGGUCCAGCCCAUCAAGGCAAGACAUGCACGCUCGUCUUCCACGUGCCACCGCCAUUCAAGUCUUCAGAGUUCGCCCCGGUCCACAUCCGAGCUCCUGGUGGCAUAAGCGUGUCACGCCUCAGCAACCAAGGACCUGCAGAAGUCAGUACCAUUGCUGUAGGCAAUUCGACCCCUGUCGGGGUGGUACCCUUGGUUCAGGCUGGGAAUCAAUUCAAUAUCGCCAGCGCACCUUGCGAAGCUGGACAGAGGGUUGGGUAUCAAGUCGAUUCGCUUUAUGGCCUGAGCAUGGACUGGUUCCAGAUGACGAAUCCUCCGCUGGGUCUCUUCAUGCUGGUGAGCUAGAUUCGGUUUGGUGAUCACACGAGUGGUUUGAUUGUGGGUGAGGAUGUUGAUGUAUUGCUACGACCUCGACGAAAAGUCCUACCUUUCUUGUUAAUGUUAAAACUUAAUGUUACUUUUGUAGUAGAACAUUCCUUUUUUAUAAUUUCAGUCUUCAUUUUGUGCUCAUGCCCUUCUUAGUGUAAUAACCUUUUGUUUCGCUCGAUGAUAAAACAGGAGAAAUAAUGAUACGCAAGCGUAGCACCUCAACUACAUGACCGCACACGCAUCCCCAACAUCCGGCUCACUAUUUCGCCUUCUCCCAUCCACCCUCGCCGCUCCAACACCCGCAUCCUUAAACGACGCUGGCACGCUCCCAAUCCCGCUUUUCCCCAGCGCAAUAAUCGCACUAUUCCAGCCUGAUCUACUCGUCGCAACGCGCCUCUUAGCCCCGAGCGUUCCAUACGCGCAGGUAGCGAGCGAAG